GAGCUUCAGUGACGCUGUGAUGCUCUGACUUGUCGGUUGGUUUUGUGAUACUCUGCAGUUCACGUUUAAUUCAUAUCAAAUAUUUUACAAUUAACCAGAAAAAAAUCGGCGAAAAUGUCAACGUUACCACAUAGCAAGAAGCGUGUCUGCUACUAUUAUGAUAGUGAUAUUGGAAAUUAUUAUUAUGGACAAGGACAUCCUAUGAAGCCACAUCGUAUAAGAAUGACACAUAAUUUACUUUUGAAUUAUGGUCUUUAUAGGAAGAUGGAAAUAUAUCGUCCACACAAAGCUACAGCAGAUGAAAUGACAAAAUUCCACAGUGAUGAUUAUAUUAGGUUUUUGAGAUCCAUAAGACCUGAUAAUAUGUCAGAAUAUAAUAAACAAAUGCAACGAUUUAAUGUAGGAGAAGAUUGCCCUGUUUUUGAUGGUUUAUAUGAAUUUUGUCAAUUGUCAGCUGGAGGGUCUGUAGCUGCUGCUGUGAAACUUAACAAACAAGCUUCAGAAAUUUGCAUAAAUUGGGGUGGUGGUUUACAUCAUGCUAAAAAAAGUGAAGCUUCUGGUUUUUGUUAUGUAAACGAUAUUGUACUAGGAAUAUUGGAAUUGCUCAAAUAUCAUCAAAGAGUUUUAUAUAUUGAUAUUGAUGUUCAUCAUGGAGAUGGUGUAGAAGAAGCUUUUUAUACCACAGAUAGAGUGAUGACAGUUUCAUUCCAUAAAUAUGGUGAAUAUUUUCCUGGUACUGGCGAUCUACGCGAUAUUGGUGCAGGAAAGGGAAAAUACUAUGCAGUCAACAUACCAUUAAGAGACGGUAUGGAUGAUGAAAGCUAUGAAUCAAUAUUCGUACCUAUUAUUUCAAAAGUAAUGGAAACUUUCCAGCCUUCUGCUGUAGUUCUACAAUGUGGUGCUGAUUCACUGACAGGGGAUCGGUUAGGUUGUUUCAAUUUAACAGUGAGAGGUCAUGGAAAAUGUGUCGAAUUUGUAAAAAAAUAUAAUCUACCUUUCUUAAUGGUUGGUGGUGGUGGAUAUACAAUUAGGAAUGUGUCCAGAUGUUGGACGUACGAAACUUCAGUAGCUCUUGGUUCUGAAAUUGCAAAUGAAUUACCUUAUAAUGAUUACUUUGAAUAUUUUGGUCCUGAUUUUAAAUUGCACAUUAGUCCUUCGAACAUGGCAAAUCAAAAUACUCCAGAAUAUCUUGAGAAAAUUAAGACUAGAUUAUUUGAAAAUUUAAGAAUGUUGCCUCAUGCACCGGGUGUACAAGUCCAACCAAUUCCAGAAGAUGGUGCAGUCAUUGAAGAUUCAGAAGCUGAGGAAAAGAUAAACCCAGACGAAAGGUUACCACAACGAGAUUUAGACAAAAGGAUACAACACGAAAAUGAAUAUAGCGAUAGUGAAGAUGAAGGAGAAGGGGGGCGAAGAGAUAAUAGAUCAUUUAAGGGUUCCAGAAAACGACCUCGUUUAGAAAAAGGACAAGAAGGUAUAGAAAGCGAUCUAAAAAAAGAAGAGGACAUAAAAUCAGAACCCAAAGAAAACGAAAAAGACGAAAAAACAAAUGUUACAAAUGAAGAAACGAAGAAAGAUGGUGGUGCGAAUCCCUGAUAAAUGAUAUUUGUUUUUAAAAAAGGAAUUUCAAAAAAUUCUUAUUUAAAUCAAGAAUAGAUCGGUAUAGGUAAUUUAAGUCAACAAACAUGUAGUUAUAGAUGUCUAUUACCUCGAGUUUGAUACGCUAUGCUGAACAAUAUGAUCUUUUUUAUUAUUUAAAACUGUAUAAGUACUUCAAUAAAAAAAAAAUCUAUUUAUAUAUGUACUGAUUAAAUUUGAGGUAAGAGACAUUAUUAUCAUUUAUAUACAUGUUCGAGCGUAAUUGAUAUGAUGAAAGCUCAGUAAUUUUAAUUAUUAUUUCAUUAAAUUUAACAUUAGCCGAAAUUGUCAAAGUUAUAAAUCAUUAAACAGUUUUUUGAAAUAUUUUAAAAAUUUUGCGAUAAACGGUAUCUUGAAUAAUCAGUCAAAUCUUAUGAUCUGAUUAAAGCCUUCAUAUUCACUUAGAAUCAAUAAAUGUAACUAGUCAAAUAAGACAAAUAGAUAUCUUAAAUGUACAAAGAAAAUUAAAUUUUUUAUAAGAAUUGAAAUUUUCACUAAGAUCAGAAGAUAUAGGCAGCUUAUCAAGAUAUCUAAUUUUUGUAAGUGACACAUUUUAAUGAAUCGUGCAAAAGUAUAUAAAUAUCCAUAUUAUGUUUUGGAUGAGUGUGGUUUUUUAUCUGCUUAUCCAUUACUCACAGCGUGAUCUUAAGUAAAUCAUUUAAUAAGUGUGAUUUUUAUAAUUGAAAUGAGAUUGUACAACGGGCUAGUUAGUUAUGAAUUAACACAUCUUUUUACUUCCUAUUCUUGUACAUAACUUAAAAUCAGAUUUAAACAAUAUCCUACAUGCAAUACUACCUAAUAAUGACAUAAUGGUAUUAUUUUUAAUGUAUAAAAUAUUUUAUUUUAUAUGUGAAAAAUUAAAUCAGCGAAAAGAAAGUAUGAAAGAAAUAGGACAGUCAAUGAACAGAUUAAAUUCAAACAUAAUUGUAGAAUUUAAUCAUAAAUUAAAUAUAAAUAACAUUAAAAAUUGAAUGUUUGUAACUAAGUCGGCUUUUAUCUAUAAAUUAAAAAUACUUUCAUUCAAAAGAAAGAAGAAUUUCGUAACAUAUUAAAGCUAUUACCUUUCAACCAUUUCAAUUUCCCACUUAGGUACUUCACGAGAGUAUAAAUGUAUUAAUUAAUUUUUUUAAUACAAAAAAAAUUUUUUGCGACUCGAAAAUAUUUGUAAAAACGGAUUAGGUUCGACUAGUUGCACGAUGCCAGAUAAAUAAUUGAAAAAAAAUAUGUCGAUUUAUCUAAUAAUUAAGCACACCUUUAUUGUAAUUAAACACUUACCCUUAUUGUAAUUAAGUACCUACAAUACAAUACAAAGAUAAAUUCGCUAUGA